AUGUCGUUCGGCAGCGGAGGCUUUGGCGGCUUCGGCCAGGCCAAUAACAACCAGUCCUCCGGAUUCGGUGGCUUCGGCCAGGCCAACAACAACAACAACAACAACGCGACAUCCGGCUUCGGCUCUGGAACGACUGGUGGAUUCGGCCAGACUAACCCCAGCUCUGGUGGUGGAGGCCUUUUUGGCUCCAACACGGGAGGUGCCAACGCUGCAGGUGGCUUCGGCUCAUCGACGAGCGGCGGAUUUGGUUCCAACACAGGUAGCGGCUUCGGAGGCAAGCCAGCAUUCGGCUCUACCACUACAGGCAGUGCAGGAGGCGGCCUCUUUGGCGCCACCAACAACACUACCACCACCGGCUCGACAGGCUUCGGCGGAUUCGGCAGCGCUGCCAGCAAUACCAACACAUCGUCACCCUUCGGCGGCGGCGCCCCGAGCUCUACCGGCGGCGGCCUCUUCGGAAAUGCCCAGAGCAAGCCAGCCUUCGGUUCCACAGGUGCGGCCGGAGGAUCGUCCCUCUUUGGCAGCGGCAACACCGCCGGCACCACCACAACAGGCACCGGCUUCGGCGGUUUCGGCGCCGCAAACAAUACUGCCCUGAGCGGCGCCACCGGCGAACCCCCUGGUACCGCCAGUACCCCUUUUCAGGCUCACGUGGAGAAGGAGUCCAACUCGACCCAGUCCAACUCGUUUCAGAAUAUCCUCUUCCAGGAGCCCUACCGCAAAUGGUCCUCUGAGGAGCUGCGACUCGUCGAUUACGCCCAGGGAAGGCGCCACGGAAACGGCAGCACUGGUGGUGCUGGCGCCUUUGGCAGUUCCAACUUUGGCGGCACCGGCUUCGGUUCCACCCCCAGCACCUCGACCACCGGCGGUGGCCUCUUCGGUAACAACAACACAGCAAGCACGGCCAAUACCGGCGGAGGCCUCUUUGGCAACAGCAACAACAUUGCCAGCACCACUGGCGGCUUUGGGCAAUCGGCGUCUGGGGGAUUUGGUAGCAACACAGGAACCUCUGGUGGCCUGUUUGGCUCCAAGCCUGCCGCCACGGGAGGAGGCCUGUUCGGCAGCACCCAGCCCCAGCAGCAGCAGAGCACUGGCUUCGGAUCCGGCACCACCGGGGCGUUCGGUAGCGGGAACACUGGCACGGGCUUCGGCUCUGCAGGUAGCACUGCCGGCGGUGGCCUCUUUGGUAACAAUAACCAGGCUAACAAGCCCGCAGGAGGCCUGUUCGGCAGCACUCCCUCCACAGGUACCGGCUUCGGCGGUGCAGCAAGCACCGGCUUCGGCUCUGCUGGCACCGGCACCGGCACCGGCACCGGCGGCGGUCUGUUCGGAAACAACAACAACCAGCAGCAGCAGCAACCAAGUGGUGGCCUGUUCGGAAACAAUAACACCCAGCAGCAGCAGGGGACCGGGAGCGCCUUUGGUGGCGGCUUCGGCCAGCAGAACCAGACGCCGGCGCAGCCGGCGGCCGGUGGUGGCCUGUUCGGUAAUAACAACCAGCAGAAGCCAGCUGGUGGUCUUUUCGGAAACAGCACGCCGAACACCGGGACUGGCGGAGGGCUGUUUGGCGGCGCCAACAACCAGCAGCAGUCGAGUACUGGAUUUGGCCAGAGCGCUUCCGGUACUGGAGGUGGCCUCUUUGGCAACAAGCCCGCCACCCCCGCUGGUGGCAGCCUCUUUGGCCAGCCUGCCCAGCAGAGCACUGGCACCGGCGGCGGUCUGUUUGGGAACAACAACCAGCAGCAGAACCAGCAGACGGGUGGGACCGGCCUCUUCGGCAAUGCCAGCUCGGGCCAGCAGCAAAAGACCAGCCUCUUUGGCAAUUCCCAGAGCGGCGGGACCGGCCUCUUCGGCGGCCAGAACAACCAGAACCAGGGUCAGCCGAUGUUUGGCGGCAGCACCAACCAGACGCCUCAGAACCAGGGCAUGGGCAGCUCCUUCCUGGGUGCCUCGCAGCAGUCUAACAACGGCCCCCAGGGCCUGACUGCCAACCUCAACGACGUCUCGGCCUACGGUAGCCCGUCGCUCUUCUCCAACGUUGGCAGCAACGAGGUGUCCAACCCUGGUCCUCUUGCCACCUCUGUCAACGGCAACUCCAGGCCUAAGCGUGGAUCCAUCCUGCCCAUGUACAAGCUCGCUCCUUCGUCCGCUUCGCGGUACGCCACUCCCCAGAAGAGGGGCUUCGGCUUCUCCUACAGCACGUAUGGUACGCCUGGCGGGAGCCCGGCCAGCAGCAUUGCCAGCACUCCCGGCACCCAAGGCCGUAGCUUCCUGAGCUCGUCCGUCUCUACGGGUGCUCUCAGCAAGAGCAUGUCGACCAACAACCUGCGUCGCAACUUCAACUCCGAGGACAGCAUCCUGGCCCCCGGUGCCUUCUCGGCCAACUCGGCGCCCCGCUGGUACGGUAGCACAGGAUCCAAGAAGCUUGUCAUUAGCCGUGACAUGCGCAGCGACCUGUUCACCACCCCCCAGAAGGAAAAGCAGCUGCCCACCUCUCAGACCACCCACAAGCUCUCCAAGCGUGUGAGCUUUGAUACGAGCGUCGACAGCUCUGAGGAGCCCCAGGUGCGCGGCGCCCUGCCCGCCACCGACGAAUCUCCCGUCUCGCAGCCGGAUGAUACCCCUCGCCAGAACCGCACCUCCGACGGACUCGGCAACCUUCCCGAUACCGACAAGAGCCAAGGCGCCCUCACCCUCUCGCUCUCGGGUGUCGAGGAAGAGGAGAGCGCAUCCACCCCCGGACGCCAGUCUCCCGCCUCUCUGGACACGGCCCCGGGUGCCUACUGGACCCAGCCCUGCCUCGAGGACCUCCAGGCCAUGAACCGCGUGCAGCGCCAGAAGAUUGACGGCUUCGUCAUCGGCCGCGACAAUGUCGGCUCCAUUGCCUUCAAGCAGCCCGUCGACAUCAGCGGCAUCGAGAUUGACGAGCUCUGCGGUGGCAUUGUUCAGCUCGAGCCCCGCUCAGCCACCGUCUACCCAGUCACUGCCAGGAAGCCUCCCAUGGGCAAGGGUCUCAACGUCCCCGCCCGCAUCACUCUCGAGCAGUCUUGGCCGCGCGGCAGCCGGGACAAGAGGUCGCCCAGCGACCUCCGCAAGUUCGCCAAGCACGUCGAGCGUCUCAAGCGCAUCCCCGACACCGAGUUCGAGACGUACGAGAAGGAUACGGGUGUCUGGGUCUUCUCCGUCCAGCACUUCACGACGUAUGGCCUGGACGACUCUGACGAAGACUCUGACGACGACACGGGCGUCGCGGACCCCCAGAUGGCCGACGCUAACCUGGUGCCGUCGCAUAUGAUGGCUCUGGACGCGUCCGUCGGCAGCUCGUCUUCCUCCAUGGGGGACGACACCUUCCAGUUCCGUCGAUCUCAGACGCUACCCGGUGCCUUUGAUGAGCAGGCAGCUGUCGCCGCAUUCGACGAUGAUGUCCCCGCCAAGCAGUCUUUUUUAGGAGUUAGCUCCGCGGAUUCUGCACCCAGCAAUGUCAGACUGUCGCUCGAGGAGGAGCAGGUCGAUGACAUGGGUGACGAAUAUGACGUGUCCGACGAUGAAGACAUGACGAGGUCUUCGCUCGGACAGCAUCACGCCGCGGAGCCCGACGAUGCCUCGUCCCAGGAUGCCAAUGAGGAGGAGUUUGUCCAGCCGAUGGGCACUCCUGGUGGCAUCCUCCGAGCGCGCAUGAGGGCCCUCAAGGGCUCCAAUGACCCUGUCCAGCUCGAGGUCGCCGACGGCGACGACUGGACGGAGAUGCUGCGCAAGACGGUUAGCCCUGCUAAAAGAGACCGUCAGCUCCUUCGGGAGAUUAAUGAAGGGUCGCCCACGCGCCGCACCGGUCAGUUCAGCGAAUUCGAUGAUAGCGAUGGUGAUGAUGUCCUACGCAAGUCGUCAGUCUGGAGAAAGAGCACGGCCGAUAAGGAUAGGCUCGCAGCCACCAGUACCCGGCUUGCCAUGGACAAGGGCCGAGGAUUCGCUACGAGCAUUGACCUGAUGAACUCAUUGUUCGAGAAGCCCAAGCCGGUCGCUGCGCAGCAGCAGCAGCAUAAGCUGCGAGCCUCGACAGCCAUCACCCCAGCCAAAGGUUUCCCCGAGUGGCCCUACGAACGACAAGACAAGGUCUUGACUAUUGAAGAGACCGAAAAGGCUUUCCACGAUGGUGGCCGCCCGACCUGGGGUCCCAACGAAACGUUGGUUGUGACUCGUCCCAUUGGUACGGCUAACGGCCGAUCCCUGCGCGACACAUCGGAUAUCCUCUCCUUCCAGAGGUCAACCAUCCAUAGUGAGCACCAAGCUGUUCGCCUUGCGACCUUUUCCGCAGAUUCAUCCAAGAGGUUCCUGCGCACCCAGGAUAGCCUGACCGACAUCGUCCUUGUCGAUGACGUCCCCUCAGCCAAGCUUCGUGCCACCAACGUGCAAGAUAUCUUUCACCACCAGAACAUGAACGACCCUGCCAGCAUCCACGAGAAGUGGGUCUGGGAGCUGGCCGGCAUCCUCUUUGACGACAUGGACGGGGCGGGAUCCGCAUCCCGCAAGUCCAGGCUAUCAGCAUUCUGGGCCGAACUCGUGGGUCCGGCGUCGUCGACCUCGAUUGGCCUGGCCGCCACGCCCGAGGAGAAAGCUGUCGCCUGCCUUGCUGGUCACCGCAUCGCGGAAGCCUGCAAGCAUCUGCUCGAGGGCAAGAAUUUUCGCCUGGCGACGCUGGUGCCGCUGAUCGGGACGAGCAACACUGUUAGGAAGGACAUGAGGGAGCAGGUCAAGGCGUGGCACGACUCCAAGAUGCUCUCGGAGUUCUCGGAGCCUAUCCGCGCCAUCUAUGAGCUCCUGGGCGGAAACACUUGCGUGUGUGAGGGGAUGAAGGGUGUUCCCGUCGAGGACCGCAUGGAGUCGUUUGUCAUCUCCAAGAAGUUCGGCCUAGACUGGAAGCAGGCGUUCGGUCUGCGGCUCUGGUACGCCGUGUCUCAGCAGGACGACCUGAAGGUGGCUGUCGGCAAGUUCCAGCAGGACAUCAUCCAGGACAGGGAGGACGUGCCGCAGCCGUGGUACCUGGAGCAAGGCAUCCAGCCCCUCUGGUUUGACUACGAGGCCCACCAUAGGCAGGAUCUCCUCUGGGGUCUCCUGCAGCUGUACGCUGACGCGGAUGUCGAUCUCGAGGCGGUGCUCCGGCCGGAGAACUCGCAGCUGUCUCCGCUGGACAUGCGACUCUGCUGGCAAUUGGGCGUCGCGCUCGUGGCCACAGGCAAGGUGUCGUUCGGUGACAAGGCGCAAGAGAAGGCCGACGCGGCCACGCUAUCGUAUGCGGCGCAGCUGACCAGCUCGGGCGAGUGGAUGGAGGCCAUCUUCGUGCUGCUGCACCUGAGCGAUGCGACGGCGCGCCAAAAGGCCAUCCAGGAACACCUGUGUCGCCACGCGGGGCUCAUCGGCCCCGAGACGGAUGCCAACUUCUCCCUGCUCACCGACAAGUUCCGCAUCCCCGCCACGUGGAUCUGGGAGGCCCUGGCGCUGUACAUGCGCAGCGUCAGGAAGGACGCGACUGCCGAGGUACAGUGCCUGCUCAAGGCAGGUUCGUUUGUCGAGGCUCACCGCGUUCUGGUGCGCCAGGUGGCGCCCCAGGCUAUCAUCGAACGCGGCUACGCCGACCUGGCGGCCAUGAUGGCCCAGUUCGACGGCCACCGCGAGCUCGUGUCGGACUGGCACCACGGUGGCGAGGUAUACACGCUGUUCCUCAGCCUGGUGCAGCACCGCGCUAGGGGCGAGGCCGUGCCUCGUCCCACUCUGGACAGGCUGCUGGCUGGUCUGCACGCCAUGAAUGAGAGUGUCGGCGAGGACGAGAUCAUCCGGUUCGCUGCUCUGUCGGACAUGGCCGACGAGGCGGCCAAGGAGAUUGUCAAGAUGACGAGGAAGAAGCAGGAUGUCGAGUUUCGUUGGAGGAUACUCAAGCUGCCACUUACGCAGGACCGCCUCUUGGCCUAUUCGGUUGAUCUUGGUAUGGAGCGUUACAAGGAGGUCAUGUCUCACUAA